CUUUGCUUAUAUAAAAUCCUACUUUUUGUUGUCUUCAAAGUUUCGGAAAGAAAAAUAAACGAAGACGAUAUAGAGAGCAAGGAGCGUGCAAGUGAUAACAUAGCAGCCAUGGAUCUACAAGCUUGAACAGCAAGCAAGAGAAUGAAGAAGAAGGAGAACUUACAGAGAGAGAAAGCCAAUGGAAACUAUCUCAUUCAAUUAUGAAAGUGAGCGUCAAAAACCAAUUAUUACAACUCUUGGUCUAUUUACAAUCAUGGUAUCAGAGCUUCGGCUCUUGAUCCUGUGGACGAUUUCGUACUGUAGAUGUGUUCGUCUACCUUUAGCUUCCGCAAUUAAGCUUCGUUGUUCUUCGUCAGAGCUUCGGCUCUUGAUCCUGUGGACGAUUUCGUACUGUAGAUGUGUUCGUCUACCUUUAGCUUCCGCAAUUAAGCUUCGUUGUUCUUCGUCAGGACAAGGCAUCAAAAGCACUGCUAUACAGAGGAAAAAGUAAUGGGGAAGGUCUCUUCUUGUUCAAAACUCCAAAGUUUCUACCUCCAUGUCAUACCAUUCCUACUGCCUAUGUUGGUGGUGCUGUGAAAUCUUCACUCUGGCAUCAUAGACUUGGCCAUCCAACUUCUCAUGUUGCUGCAAAAAUGUUGUCUUUGUCUCAGGUUAAGUUUAGCAAUGAUAAGUCCUUUCAUGUCUGUCCUUGUCUUAGUGGUAAAAUGCAUAAAUGACCAUUCUCUGAGUCUGUAUCCAAGUCACUAGUUCCAUUCCAGAAAGUACAUUAAGAUUUGUGGGGACCUGCUCCAUGUUUGUCACUUGAGGGUUUCAAAUACUUUGUAACCUUCAUUGAUGAUUGUACUAAAUUUGUGUGGCUUUAUCCACUCAUUAAUAAAUCUGACACUCUU